CGUACACGCGUACACGCACGCGCGCACACGUUUCUCUCGCGCGUUCACUCUCUGGCCCCGGUAUUUUUCUCUCUCUCUAUGGUUUAGUGUGUGUGUGUGUGUGUGUGUGUGUGUGUGUGUGUGUGUGUGUGAGAGAGAGAGUGAGAGAGAGAGUGUGUGUGUCUAAGAGAGCUCGGGGACGCGCGCGCGCUCGCGGCUCGGAGCGGGAGUCAGAAAAAUCACAACAGCAGAAAAAGCGAACGGAGGAGGACUGAAGCGCGGGGCAAAGAAAAGAAAAGAGAAGGAAACAUAUACAGUAUACAGGAGGAGAGAAAGAAGAAAACCGUACGGACCCCGAGGUGUUGAAAAUCCGUUCAGCAGCGCGGAGCAGCGGUUUAUUCCUCCCCAGUGAGUGAAGCGGACGUAAGGAGCUUCUCUUCCCCGGUCUCGGAUGUGUAAGGUCGGGGUUAGCGUGGCGCGGAGAGCCGGGGAUACACACUGAAGAACUGCAGGAAAGAAAGAAAGAAAGAAAAGAAGAAAGAAAGAGGGAAGAAAAGAAUAAGAAAUUAGCAACAGAAUUACUUUGAAGGAGCUGGAGAAGAAAGCUUUGUGAGCAUUAGUGUUAACUUGUUUCCUUGUGCUGAAAGCUCUUCUUCCGGAUCCCCAGGAGCUUCUCCAGACCUUCCCUGCACUUCAUGUUAUGAUGAUGAUGAUGAUGAUGAAGAAGAGGAAACUAAACUGAUAUGGGAAUGACAGCCAUUACCAGAUCGAGCCUUGGAGUCUAUUGAGAGAUCGCGAUUGAGAUCUGGACUAUAAAAGGAAUGAGAGAUCAGGAGGACAUCUGAAUUGUUCCUGAUCACCUCUUUGUCCUGUAUGGACUUCGAUCCAGAACCGUGGUAACAUUUGGGACGUUGUGAUACGUGUUUCGUUGUCAGGGGCAGUGGCCCCCUUCGGCCAGACUGCCGUGUGAUCCGUACUGAGCUUGGUUCUUCGGUUCUUCGUUGCGAUGGAGGAGUGGAGACAGUGUGCCCGGUGGCUCAUCGACUGCAAGGUCUUGCCCCCGAAUCACCGGGUGGUUUGGCCUUCGGCUGUCGUCUUUGACCUGGCCCAGGCGCUCCGAGACGGGGUGCUCUUGUGUCAAAUGCUGCACAAUUUGUCACCCGGAUCUGUAGACCUGAAGCAGAUUAACUUCAGGCCUCAGAUGUCGCAGUUUCUGUGUCUGAAAAACAUCCGGACGUUUCUCAAGGUGUGCCAUGACAAGUUCGGGCUGAGGAACAGCGAGCUCUUCGACCCCUUCGACCUCUUCGACGUGAGGGACUUCGGGAAGGUGAUCUCUGCGCUCUCGAGAAUCUCUCACCACAGCAUCGCCCAGAUCAAAGGCAUCAGGCCUUUUCCAUCAGAGGACACAGCGCUGAACGAAGAUGACGUCUAUCGAAGCUUGGAGGAACUGGCUGAUGAGCACGAUGUGGGCGAGGAUGACAUCUACGACUGUGUGCCGUGUGAAGAUGAAGGAGAUGAUAUCUACGAGGACAUCAUUAAGGUGGAAGUUAGACAGCCCAUGAUCCGGUACAUGCAGAAAAUGGGAAUGACGGAGGACGACAAGAGGAACUGCUGCUUGGUGGAGAUCCAGGAGACCGAAGCAAAGUACUACAAGACGCUGGAGGACAUUGAAAAGAGUUACAUGGUCCCCCUGAAGUAUGUCCUAACUCCACAGGAGAUGAAGGCCAUAUUUGUGAAUCUAGAGGAUAUCAUUAGAGUCCACGGUGCUUUGAUGAAGGCCAUCGACCAGAACAUGAUGCUCGGAGGCACCGGACUUGGAAGGAUCUUCCUGGAAUUUAAAGAGAGGCUGCUGAUCUACGGUCAGUACUGCAGUCACAUGGAGCACGCACAGAAGACGCUGGACGACCUGAUCGCCACGCGCGAGGAGGUGAAGUGUAAAGUGGAGGAGUGCACCAUGAAGGUCCAGGAAGGCAAGUUUAAACUGCAGGAUCUGCUGGUCGUUCCUAUGCAGAGGGUCCUCAAGUACCAUCUACUGCUCAAGGAGUUAGUGAGUCACUCGAUGGAUCGGCCAGAAAGACAGCAGCUGAAGGAGGCCCUGGAAGCCAUGCAGGACCUGGCCAUGUACAUCAACGAGGUGAAAAGGGACAAUGAGACUUUGAAGAAAAUCGGGGAAUUUCAGUGUUCCAUUGAAAAUCUGCAGGUAAAACUGGAGGAAUACGGGAGGCCAAAGAUUGACGGGGAGCUCAAAGUGUCCUCUAUAGUUAACCGGACCAAACAAGACAGGUACAUCUUCCUGUUUGAUAAAGUGGUCAUAGUGUGCAAGAGAAAAGGCGACAACUACGAGCUGAAAGAAAUCAUCGAGCUCCAGUUUUACAAAAUGUCAGACGACCCGACGAAUAACAGAGACAUGAAGAAGGCCAGUGGAAAGAUGUGGUCCUACGGCUUCUACCUGAUCCAUCUGAAAGGCAAGCAAGGCUUCCAGUUCUUCAGUAAGACCGAGGAUGCAAAAAGAAAGUGGAUGGAGCAGUUUGAGAUGGCCAUGUCCAACAUCAAGCCCGAGAGAGCCACGGCUAACCAGCAUGACUUCCAGAUGCACACGUUCGAAAAGAAUACUAACUGCCGAGCCUGUAAGAUGCUCCUGAGGGGCAUCUUCUAUCAGGGUUACUUCUGUUCCCGCUGUGGGACUGGUGCACAUAAAGAGUGCCUGGAGGUCAUCACCAUCUGUAGAAUCAAUCCCCAUGAUUUGGAGGUUGAAUUUCCACAGUCAGGUACUGUAGAGACGCAUGUCCUCGGGUCUUCUCUGAAUAAUAAUUCUUAUUAUAUAUUUGUCGAGUCCUCAGUCUACAUGCAGUCCUGGUCAGAGACUCUGGCAGUAGCUCGCUGCUGCCCUCCAAGUUUGGGUUUUACUCAGGGGAAGUUAUUUGGUAUUAUAGGGACUGUAUUUUUAGACAUUUGUGGUAUUUUGGUAUUUUAUUAUAGUUUGAUGUGUGUGAAGUACAAGAUCAUUUCCCAAAUCCCAAAAUGUAGCGAAACUGGCGAUGUUUUGACUUUGGCGUUUUUCUCUUGCAUGAUUUCAGGUCCAAAGAUGGUUGCAAUCAGGAACUACUAUGGCACUCCAGCUCCUCCGGGCAAGUGCCCCCUCUCCUUCCAGACAGGUGAUGUCAUUGAGCUUUUGAAGGGAGAUCCGGAGACCUCAUGGUGGGAGGGCAAGCUCAUUCAGACCCUGAAGAUCGGCUACUUCCCCAGCUCCAGUGUAAAGCCAUGUCUAGACCCAAAGCCGUCUCAGUGUUUUUCGACUCGCCAGUCCUCAAAAGAGAUGGAUUACAAUGUAUAUCUUUGGUUUGCCGGGAACAUGGAGAGGCAGCAGGCUGAUAACCUCCUGAAGUCCCACAGCAGUGGUACGUACCUGAUCAGAGAGCGCCCCGCAGAGGCUGAACGCUUCGCCAUCAGCAUAAAGUUUAAUGAUGAGGUGAAACACAUUAAAGUGAUCGAGAAAGACAACUGGAUUCACAUCACAGAAGCGAAGAAGUUCGAGAGCCUGCUGGAGUUGGUGGAGUAUUAUCAGUGUCACUCACUGAAGGAGAGCUUUAAGCUGCUGGACACAACGUUACGAUUCCCGUACAAGUCCCGAGAGCGCUCCAACUCCAGAGCCAGCACCCGCUCCCCAGCCUCCUGUGCUUCCUACAACUUCUCCUUCCUCAGUCCUCAAGGCCUCAACUUCUCUUCUCAGAGCUCUACUCCCUUCUGGUCAGUUUUCACGCCGAAGGUGGUGAGCACAGCGGUGGCCAGGUAUAACUUUGCAGCCCGAGACAUGAGAGAGCUGUCUUUGCGAGAAGGCGACAUUGUUAAAAUCUACAGCAAGAUCGGAGGAGACCAGGGCUGGUGGAAAGGAGAGGCUAACGGCAGGAUCGGCUGGUUCCCUUCAACGUAUGUGGACGAGGAAGGUGUGCAGUGAAGCUUUGAUGGCAUCUGCUCUUUCCAAUCAGAUCGUCUCCUGUCCACUUCCACCCGGCAGAGGAUUUCUUCUGUUUCCGGAGAAAACCCCUUUGUGGAAUCUGUACAUUGUUUUUGCUGGAAACUGAUUUUACAGUGAAUAUUUGUACUCCUGUUUCUUCAUUUCUCCAAUUUGGUUUUUCUUCGUUCUCUUCUCCUUCUUCUUCUUCUGAAAAUGUCUGUGUGAUCUGUGUGAAAAAAACUGGAAAUUGUUUCUGCAGGUCUGUUGGAGAAACACAGCAGAGCAGAACCUGGUCUUGGGCAGAGCAGAGCUUCUGCUGCUCCUGAAUUUGUGUAAAAAUAGAUCUAUAAAGAUUUCUAUGGCCAAAACAGCAUGAGCUGUGGUGUGGGGAGGUGUGUGUAUAGAUAAUUUAUUCCAGAGAAGUAUCUAUGAUUUUAAAAAAAUACAUGAAAAAAAGAGUGGUGUUAAAAGUUUCUUAUGAAAGUAACCUGGAAAAGAUGCACUUUGCAUUUCUUUACAGACUAAACUUGCCUUAGUAGUCAUUCGAAUGCCUUGUGGGCUGAUGGGAGCAGUGGAAAUGUGCUUUGGGGAAAUAUUUUUUUUUGACUGGCAGACAAACAGACGAAAUGAAAACACACCUCAGCCCUGUUUAGUAAUAUGGUGCCUUUCAGAAAGUGAGGUCACAGCUCUCGGACCGCACGUCCAGGUUCUCCCUGAUCUGUCAACUCUGAAUAUCAAGCCGGCCCUGGGAAAUCUGUAACGAAAAUAGAGGGUGCACUGGAAAGAUCCUCAGGAAGAUCUUAGUGGAUUGUGAGAGAAAAAGAGGUUGAGGACUUGCUAUGCAGCUCGCUUACAGACACACCGAUCCGCAGAAGUGAGAGUCGAACCUAAACACACGGUGCGUUGAUGUGAGGAAAUCCAGCGAUCUCCUCGGAAUCUGCAGCCUCCUUCGUUUUUCAAAUUCCAGCACAAACGUUUUAUAACACGCUUUGGUUAAAUAUUACCUUUCGAAUCACACCUGUAUGAAACGACCCCCUCUGAUUUUCUCUUGCCUUACUGACCAGUUGACCAAUGGUGCUGCAGUGGUGCGUUAUUAAUCUGUGUGUUCGUACCAGGAUUCUGUGGACUAAGAGCUCGCUGCUUUACCUGGACCUCAGCCAUCAAGUGCACUUUAUCCAUCCGAGACCAUGAAACAGGCUGAGAAGUUCUAGAGAUAAACAAGGACGGAUAAAUAAGCAGGCCCUCGUCUCUUGGACCCGACUUCAAAUCGUCCUCUACUAGAAAAGGAGUACUCCGUGAUUUUCCGACACGGGCCAUACUUAAUAAUUACUUCUGAACUCCUCCGAAGCUGCACUGAUAUCAGCCCCUCAUAUAUUCUACUGAAAAACAUCACGUUGCUGUGUUCCAUCACUCAACACUGGCACUAUUUCAUACAAAGCCGAGACAGACGGUGUGUGCGUGUGUGUGCGUGUGUGUGUGUGUGUGUAUCUGGCAAGAAUCCUUCACUGUCCAGCUCCAGGCCGGAAAGGUUCUGUGGUUUAAGCACAGAAGCUGAUUGUGUAGUGGACAGAAAGCCAUUGCAUGUUCUCAUAGAUAUUACAACUCCUGUCAGUGAUCCAGUAAAAAAAAAAAAAAACAAUAAAUAAAUGAAUUGUGUACUUUUUUUUUGAAUGGUCAGUUCUUUCCAAACUGAAGUCUAUCACAAAAUAAAUAUUUUUUUUUGUCUA